UGAGAAAGGAGGUGGGGAGAGUUUUCGAAAUGAAAUAAUGUUUUCGAAUCUCGAUAGUUCUCAGUCUACACAUGGCAUUCGUGAUUUGUGAAAUUCAUUAAAUAUGGAAUAAUCCGGAUAACAUUUCAAUGAAAUGUAAAUUUCUGGCUUAUUGUUUACUACUCAUGCAUCUCUACACUUCUAGACUUGAUUUCUUUUUGACACAAUCUUCAGCAUGCGUAAACCAAAGAGAGACGAGACAGAGAAGACGAUCGAGGACUGCCGGACGGUGGGCCGGAUUUGCCUCAUGCUGGUCAGCGUGUUCGUGAUCUGGGGCCUGGUGUAUAUGCCCUACAGGCCCGGCACACCCAUGCCCCUGCCGGAACACCUCAGCUGGAUGGAAGCGCAGCGCGACAUGCGGCGUUACAUCCUGCCCGAGAACGGAUCCCAGGCGCUGAUGCCUCGUAACGCCUGCAACGGCAGCGUCUUUGUCGUGGUGCUCGUCUGCUCUUCAGUUCCUAAUUUCGACGCGCGACAGGCCAUCAGAGACACUUGGGCGCAGGACGCGGCCAAGCUCAACAACAUGCGGGUCUUUUUCCUGUUGGGUAAAUCUUCGAACGAGUCUCUCAACAAUGCCGUCUACAACGAGAGUCAGAAGUUCUCGGACAUCAUCCAGGAGGAUUUCCUUGACACCUACAACAACCUCACUCUCAAGUCUGUGAUGCUCCUGAAGUGGGUCAAUCAGAACUGUGCCAACGCCCAGUACAUCAUGAAGACGGACGACGACAUGUUUGUCCAUCUUCCCAACCUGUUCCGGCUUCUGAAGGUGAAGGGCCGAAAAUGGCUUUUGCUCGGUUGCCUCAUCAGGGGAGCCGUCCCAGUAAAGGACUGGAAUUCCAAGUGGUAUGUUCCGGAGGUGGUGUAUCCGGGCCGUGUCUACCCGCCCUAUCUGUCCGGGACGGGGUAUGUCAUGUCCAGGGAAUCUGCGUCCGUUCUGUACCGGACUGCGCUGAACACUGCGUUUUUUUACUUAGAGGAUAUUUUUAUAACCGGGAUCUGUGCCAGCAGGGCUGGUCUGAAGGCAGUGAAUAACGAGGGUUUUAAAUUUUACAAGAGGAAAAAACAAUACCUGUGUGUUUAAAACUCUGAUUACUGCCCACAAGAUGAAGCCCGGCGAGCUGAUCCAGAUGUGGAAGAAUCUCCAUAAUCCGUCCAUCAAGUGCAAGUCCUGAGAGCUCUUGUUGAUUUGUUGUGUUCAGCAGUCAGUCAGUUGAACCAGCCGCUUUUGCCAAAGAUCGGAACCUGAAUGUGGCGAUAAUUUAUUUAUUUUUGUUUAGUCAUACUAUUGUAGUCAUUUGAGAAAAUCUGGUUUUAAAUGAAAAUAUUCGUCCCGGCAAGUAGUCAGAAAGGGAAAUAAGUAAGUAGUCCAAGCUAAGAUUUUCAAGGAGUGAUAAUUAUUUGUAUUUAAUUUAAAUCCGUACUUGUUACUGUUUCUUUGCUGGUAGUCUUGAAUAUACAGCCAUACUAUAUUUUGUAAAUUCAAUGCUAAAAGAAAUUAUUUUCGAGUGAAGAAGUUUGAAGUAGCAACUUAUUUGAGAAAACUCGUUCAUGUGUGUCAAAGAAAUUGCUUUCAUAUACAGAAAAUGUUUUAACCAAAAAAAAAAAAAAAGAUCUCAUUGUUAUUAGAAAUAACAGCAAGGAAAUUGUUCCUUCAUUAAAUUCCAUAGCUUCGUACUUAUUUCAGAAUAGAUAAGUUGCCUUGUAAAAUUUUCUUUAGCAAAUCCCUAAGUGUGCUUUAUUUAGAUUUUUUUUUUUUUUUUUGAAAAAGCGGUC